CUCCUUCUUCUCUCUUUCCUCCCACCCACCUUUCCUAUUUAGGAGCUUUUCUCACUCCCAUUCCCUCUGCAUUUCCUUCUCUCUUUUUUUUCCUUCUCCGGUCACAUCCUAUCUUCUUCCGUUUUCGAGGCCAUGGGUAGUGAUGCUCUCCGGUUACAGGACCCGCCUUGCAGUUCCGGAGAGCUGCAUGUUCUUGCCGUCGAUGACAGUUAUGUUGAUCGUAAGGUCAUUGAGCGCUUGCUGAAAAUAUCUUCUUUUAAAGUGACGGUUGUAGAGAGUGGAACUAGAGCUCUUGAAUAUUUGGGAUUGGAUGGACAGAAGAGCUCCAUUGGAUUUGAGAGCGUUAAAGUUAAUCUGAUAAUGACGGACUAUUCAAUGCCGGGGAUGACAGGAUAUGAGCUGCUCAAGAAGAUCAAGGAAUCAUCUAUUUUUAGAGAGAUUCCAGUAGUGGUCAUGUCGUCUGAGAAUAUCUUGACUCGAAUCGAUAGAUGCUUGGAGGAAGGAGCAGAGGAGUUUCUGUUGAAGCCAGUGAAGUUGGCAGAUGUGAAACGAUUGAAAGAAUUCAUAAUGAAGGGUGAAGGGAAGGAAAGUGCAGAGAGGGAAUCUCACAAAAGAAAGCGAUCAGAUGAUUGCAGUGCACUUCCACCAACUCCAUUCUCAUCCGUGUCUUGUCCCAUUGAUACAUCAUUCUCUUCACCAUCUGCAUUGUCCUCAAAGAAGUCUAGAUUACGAGCAGAUGUUGAGCAAGAACUGCACUUGAAAAUGUGACGUAUCGCCACACUAGUCCAUAAUUUUGCUAACAUGAAUACCAUAAUUAGAAUUGGAGAGGAGCCAUGCCAGAAUCACUUUAUUGGUCCUAUACAUGUAUGGUUUUUAACUUUUUCGCUGAUUCUGCCUCUGUACAUAUGAAAUUGUCAAAUUUUGAGGAAAACCCUGUAUUGUAAGGGUUUGUGCUGCAACUAAUAGAAAUUUUUUGAAUGUAAAUUUUGUGCUUGUGAUGUUUAAAUGCACACUUGCGGCCGUAUGGAUCAAUUUAUCUUUUAUGGACCUUGGUGUACGAGUCUCCAGUCCUUAGUGAAAUUUCAAAACCUGAUGUUUGCUCAAA